UAUUACAGAGGUAGUAAUAACAUAAAAUAUAUUAGCUUGUUGAUAUGCCUGUCCAACAUUAUGCUUGGAAACCUAAAAAGGUGAAUUAUUCGCUGGAUGAAAAGGAAAGAAAAGCCAAGUUGACAAAGUUGCGUUCAAACGAGUAUCACCCGUUGAAGCCUAUCACCGUAACUGAAUCAAGUCUGGUUAAAAUAUCUUCAGGGGAAGGCCAUGCCAGUAAUAGCGAGAAUAGAAGCACAAAGUCUCACUCUAGCUCCGGGAAAGACUUCAUUGAUCCACUGUCGAUGUUAAGUAUAGAAGAUCCGCUAACCAGCGCCACUAAAGUUACAAAACCAUCUAAGGCAGUUUCUGUUAAAAAUGAUGAUGAAAUAAAAGUAGAUUUGGCUUCAUCUGAUGCCUCGUGGAUGGAUUGGAAGUUGGAGGUCAUUCCAAGGCACACAACUGACCAGGGUUUGGCAAACAGCAUGAUCAGUAUGUUGAAGAGUGGAAAGAAGGAUAAACCUGGAAGAAACACACAAGUUAGUUCUGUGUCGGAUAAACUGCGGGAUCGGCUUGGUCAGUUAGAUGAGUUUAGUGAAUCAAGUGUGCAAGAGAUGUUGAAUCUUUCUCAGCAAGAUUUCAUAGAUCGUAUUAAUUCACUCAACCUAACACUAACUGACGCAUGGAAUACAAACCAGAAGGUUAAAUCUUUAAAGCUCACAAUACAAUGUGCAAAACUUCUGGUUGAUGCAUCUGUUAUGCAGUUCUACCCAAGCAAGUUUAUACUGGUAACAGAUCUACUGAAUACAUUUGGAUCUCUUGUUUUUGACCGUAUCUUCUCCAUGUGUAAAGGUAUGGAUCCAAAUAAUAUUAUACCUGAAGAGGUUCCUGAGAGUGCUAAAGAGAUUUGCUUGAAUUGGAUUCUUAAAAUUGCUUCAAUCCGUGAGCUGCUGCCUAGGAUUUACGUGGAAGCAAGUAUUGUGAAAUGCAAUGAGUUUUUAAAGAAGGAUCAAUGUAAGAGCAAUCUAAUAAGAUUGAAUGCAAUGACAAGAGGAAUUGGUAACCCGCUUGUAGCUUUAUAUGCUCGUACAUAUUUAAGUUACAUUGGUAUGAAGCAUCUGCCAUCAUGUAAAGGCCACUUCAAGUCUUGCUUCUAUGACUUUGUUGCCACUUACAAGCAAAUGUAUACAACUCCUAUUCAAAACCUUCUUGCACACCAGAAGAUAAACAUGGAAAGUUACUUAAGUUUCUACACUCCUGCCCUGCAAUGGAUUCUUUUUUGUGUAAGCCACAAUGCCCAUGAUGCAACUCUAACUGAAGUCCUUGAAAAAUGCAACACAUGUGGAAACAAUCUUGUCUUGUUUGAUUCUUGUAUCAGCUCGUUUAGUUCUGAGUAUGUUGCCGCCAGAGCUUUAGUGUUGUGCGCUGCUGUUAGCAAAUCUGACGACAAAUUAUAUCCAAAGUUUCGAGUCCUGAAGUCUCUGGGGAAAAAAUUAAUUGAAACAGAGCCCCCAAGUGGUGAUAAGUUAACCAUUCUGAACGAAACCUGGAAAAUGUUGGUAAAAAUAAGAAAUCCUAUAGAUUACAUCAACUGUGCCGUUGUGUGGGUAGAAUAUGCAGCAAAGUACUUCACACAUAAGGAAACUAACACCGUGCUCGCUGAUAUCAUCAAACACAUGACACCAGAUCGUGUUUAUGAGAAAUUCAGCGCUGAGUUGCAGACUGUAGUGGUUUGUGUACUGACACACAUGCCUGACUUCAGAAGCAUCUUCACCAUGGAUAAAUUUCUUUCUUUUUUCGACAUGUUCCAGAAAGAUGGGCAGAGGGUGACAGUUUGCAAGAUUGUGGCUGAAUAUUUUAUUAAAAACCAGGAUGAAACAAAUCAGAAUGCUUCUGAUGCGACCACAAUAUCAGGCUUGAUGUAUAUUUGUCGGACUAUACAUGAUUCCAUCAAUGCGUUGAGUAUUGAAGAUGAUAUAACAUCUGCAAGUUCCUUGAUUUGUGGCGUGUUACUGAAAAUCAACUUUGGCAAGGAUUUUGAACAACAGUUGAGUUUCUACGUUGAGUGUCGGGCUUCUUUCAGUGGUCUUGAUCCUGUGUGUGCCACAUUGGUGCAUUCAGUUAACCAACUUUCUGGUGAAGUGACAAAGAUAGUGAAAGGAAAGCACACACGAAAAACAUCAGCGUUUGUCCGCGCUUGUGCUGCGUAUUCAUUCAUUACAAUUCCAUCUCUUCUGGAUAGUGCAACCAAAUUUGGCUUGUACCUCGAAAGUGGUCAGAUUGCAUUAAUCAGCCAAUGUGUUUCACAAUCAGAUGCAAUGUAUAAAGCGGGUCUAAGCACCAUUAUGGAUCUUGUAAAUUUACCAGCUAAGCCAUCAUUAGAAAAUCCAUUUUUGAGCCACGUCAGUAACUUUCUGUCCAGUUUACUGACAGUACCCGACAAUACAGAGCAAGGGGUUCUAUUCCUUCUCAGAAGCUUCCUAAACAUCAUAUCUGAAUCUGGAUCCCAAAUUCGCCCAGACAUCACAUGUGCCAUCUACAUCAAAGUAUUAUCUUUACUAACUGCUUAUAGUCAAGACCAGUAUCUUUACCAUGUAUAUAAAGUUGAUUCAAAUGAAGACCUCUACAGUAAUGAUCCGAAAUUCCUAGCAGAGAUAUCACAAAUCAGCACAACUUUACUGAAUGAGGUCCUGGGAUAUCUGGGCUCUGAUAACAAAGACCCAAAGCUUCAAUCUCUUAAUGCAUUUUACUUGUUUCAGGUUAUUAUCGCACACGGAGAAAUAUCUGACGAGAAAAUGCAAAGACUUGCAGUAGUGGUUUGGGGACUUUCCCAGCAGCAUGCACAAGCAAACACCAAAGCAACGAUUCAGAUGCUUGCUUCACUUAAAAAGAAAGGAGGGGUUUACAAAACUAUCUCACAAACUCUACAGCUACAGUCUGCAGCCUAACUAUAUCUGCUUUCAUAGGUGCCAAACCUGGGAUGGCAGGGUAGACAUACCUAUUAUUGAAUUUUCUGUUCUGCAAAAUCGGUAAAUUACAAUCAAUAGAUUUUGUUGCAUGGAAUGAGUGUCUAACCAUUCCUGCCUCUUCUGCAAUUAAGUUUGGCGCCUAUGUUCACUUAGAGUUAAUAUACAUUAACUAUGUAUGUUCCUUGUUCUGUCAUACCAUUUAUAAUUGCAACUCAAUACUGCUGAGGUCUACUGUGUGUAUUUUGACCCAUCAUCCCAACACCUAAUAUACUACUAUUUUAAACAACUAUGAUUUCCACUUAGCCAAUACUUUACUUUAUUAUUGUGCUCUUCAUUUCAAAUCAGUUUAAAAGUUCUUGUUAAUGAAUAAUGCGACAGUUUAUUCAAAUAUUUAAUAUUAAACCUUCAUAUUCUGAUUCGUAACUUCAUUCUAUAUUAUUAUUGUAACAUUUAAAUUUCACCUGAAAAGCUAGUGCGUCUAAAUGUUAUAACACCCAUGGAAAAUACAACUAUUCUGUAGGUAAUGUGGCAACAUAACAUUUCCCAUUUGUUCAAUAUGUAUCAUGGGUUUGUGAUAUAUAUGAAUAACUUGUUGCCUAUGGUUUGUUUUCGUUUGAUUAUUAUUAUUAUAAGAUGCAAUAUUUUUAUGAUCUCUGUCAUUCAUUAUUUGAUUUUAUUCCAACUCAUAGA